AUGUUGUGGUCAAAAGAGCUCGUAAUAGAACUCAUUGAAAUGCUGAAAGCUGCCCCUGCCUUGUGGGACAUACAAUCCAAAGAAUAUCGGGAUAGAAACUUGAAGUUUGAUGAAACGUCCAAAAUAGCAUCUCACUUCAAAACAAAUGUGGAUGAAGUAUCAAGGAAAAUUAAAUCCCUAAAAACUCAGUUUAGCCGGGAACGGAAGAAAAUGGAGAAAAAAGUAAAAGUGGAGCUGCUACAAUUUCGGAAGAUAAUAUAUGGUUUGGGUAUAAUAUGA